CUAACGGGGAUCCUGCAGGGACUCGCUUAUACAAGCGAACCCGCGACUUUCUCCUCCUCUUCCUCCUCCUCUCUCUUUUGUGCGGCUUUUCCCGCACCCGCUCUCCCUUCUGCCGCUUGAGUUCUAGUUUAGGCGCUUGCUGAUUGGACACACACACACACACAUACACACACGUCGCCUCCUUGCUCGCAGAGAGCCGCUCGGGAGGGGCCAGAAGGAGGGGCUGAAGCCAGCUGUCCAAACGAACGUUUUGAACAUGAAUUAGCUGGGGAACGGCUGACAGGCUGGGGAGCGCGACUGCGAUUUCUUCCCCUCGCCGCCCUUCAAAGACCACGGCUGGGCGGCGGCGGCAGGGAGCAAACGAAGCGACGAGCGCCCAGACCGACCGCUAUGCUGCCCCUUCGCCUGGAAUGUCUCUUUCCGUCCCCGAGGUGAUAUUUACAGGCUAAUAAAGUUAUUUUGGAAGUUGAUUUUACAGUCAUAACUAAUUUGCCACAGGAAUUCCUGCUGUUAGCUCUUUCUUCUCUGGUUGGUUAAUGGAGGUGGCCAUGUUAAGCACAAAAUAGAGAUAUACACAAAAUUUUAUAACAGUGAUCUGUACAGUAUGUUCUGCACAAAACUGAAAGAGCUGAAGAUCACUGGCGAAUGUCCUUUCUCCUUGCUCAACCAAAGUUGCAUUCCAGAUGAAAAGGAGGAAGAAUGUGGUGAGGUGCCCAACAGUUCUAAGGCUCCUUUGCCCAUCUGCAGAGAGAAAGUCCCUCAUGGAAACCUUCCACAAAGGAAAAUCAGCAGGAACAGAGUAUUUCUGCAUACUUUAGCUGAGAGCAUUUACAAGCUCAUCUCUCCAGAAUAUGAAAAGUUGUAUCUUGCAUUUCAAAGAAGCCUAGCCAAUAAUAACAUAAAAGAAAUAGGACAGUGUGAGGAAAAAGAUUUUGAGAAGCUACUCACUGAUAAUGCAAAUUUGGCAGGAAUUCCAGUCACUGUUCUAAGAGAAUCACUUGGCGAAGAGCUGUUCAAAAUAUGUUAUGAAGAAGAUGAACACAUCCUUGGAGUUGUUGGGGGAAGUCUGAAAGACUUUUUGAACAGUUUCAGUACUCUUCUGAAGCAGAGCUCUCAUUGCCAUGAAGCUGGGAAAAUGGGCAGAGUUGAAGAAGUCUCAAUUUUGUGCUUGGAAAAAGAUCCCAAUUUUUUAAAUGUAUACUAUUUUUCCCCCCAAAAACCAACUACCCUCAUCCUAUCUGGUAUUAUUAAGGCAGCAGCUCUCAUUUUGUAUGACAUGGAAGUGGAAAUAAUAGUAAUGCCACCCAGCUUCUGCAAAGACAGUUCCGAGUUUAUUGAUCAACCUUAUUUGUUAUAUUCUGUGCACGUCAAAAGCACAAAGCCAUCACUGUCACCUUGUAAACCCCAAUCUUCUCUUGUCAUUCCUACUUCUAUGUUCUGUAAGACUUUUCCUUUCCAUUGCAUGUUUGACAAGGCCAUGGAUAUUUUGCAAGUUGGCAAUGGCAUCAGGAGAUUAUUAAACAAAAGAGAAUUUCAAGCAAAGCCACAGUUUGAUGAGUGGUUUGAAAUUUUAGCUCCUAAAAUAAAUUGCACAUUUAGUGGGAUCAUGACAAUGCUGAACAUGCAGUUUACUAUAAGAGUGAGACGAGGAGACAAAGUUCUUAAAAAGUCAACUGGGGUUAUGGAUCUUAAAGGACAAAUGAUUUACAUUAUCGAAUCUAAUGCCAUUUUGUUCUUGGGAUCUCCUUGUGUGGAUAGACUGGAAGAUUUCACAGGACGUGGUUUAUAUCUUUCAGAUAUUCCAAUUCAUAACGCACUUAGGGAUGUUGUUUUAAUAGGCGAACAAGCCAGAGCUCAAGAUGGAUUGAAGAAAAGAUUAGGGAAGCUUAAAGCAACUCUUGAACAAGCUCACCAAGCUCUUGAAGAAGAGAAAAAAAAGACAGUUGAUCUUUUGUGUUCUAUUUUCCCUGAGGAAGUUGCUCAGCAGCUAUGGCAAGGACAAGUUGUACAGGCCAAGAAAUUUAAUAAUGUCACAAUGCUUUUUUCUGACAUUGUAGGAUUCACUGCAAUCUGUUCUCAGUGUUCACCCAUGCAGGUUAUCACCAUGCUUAAUGAGCUCUACACUCGCUUUGAUUAUCAGUGUGGAGAAUUGGAUAUCUACAAGGUAGAAACCAUUGGAGAUGCAUAUUGUGUAGCUGGAGGCUUACAUAAAGAAAAUGAGACCCAUGCGAUUCAGAUUGCACUAAUGGCACUUAAAAUGAUGGAUCUGUCCAAUGAAGUGAUGUCACCACAUGGAGAAUCCAUCAAGAUGCGUAUAGGACUACAUUCUGGCUCUGUUUUUGCUGGUGUUGUUGGUGUGAAAAUGCCACGUUACUGCCUAUUUGGAAACAACGUAACACUUGCCAACAAGUUUGAGUCUUGCAGUGUCCCUAGGAAAAUAAAUGUUAGCCCUACUACCUACAGGUUGAUAAAGGAUCACCCUGGUUUCAUGUUUACUCCUCGCUCAAGGCAAGAACUUCCUCCCAACUUUCCAGGUGAUAUACCUGGAAUCUGUUACUUUCUUGACGCUUAUCUUCAAGGGAAAAAUACAAAAGCCUGGUUUCAGAAGAAAGAUGCUGAAGAAGACAAGACAAAUUUCUUGGGGCCAUCAACAGGAGUGGAUUAAAUUGUAUUUUGGAGACAAAAUAGAGUGUAUGUGUCUGUGUGUGUGUUUAUUAUAAGUUCUGAGUUUUGAUAUCCUUUUGUUAAAGAAACAUAAUAGCACUUUAGCUUAUUAAUCAGUUGAAAGCCAGUAUUAAAUUUUAGAUAAAAAGAUAUUGCAUACUAUGUGGAAUUUUUAUUGAGAUAAUAUAUUCAGUGUAUAAAAAAGAAUAGUUGAAGCAGUAACAAGACACAGAGCCAAUCUGCCUGUGAAGAAUUCUGUCCUCUAGCAAUGAACUUUGAAGUCAGUUUUUUGAUCAAAGUGUGCUUUGCACCUCUCCAAAUUCCCAGUUUUAGAAUCAGCUUUCACGACAGUUUCUCAGCAUUCUACACCUGGAUCUGGGGCUGUAUGAGCAUCAGAGCAUGUAUCAUAGCUUUUUAUUUUUUUUAAGAGAGCAGUUUGGUGUAAUGGUUAAGGUGCUGGCCUAGAAGAUAGGCUGAGUUUACCUUCAGCAUGAAAGCCAACUGGGUGACCUUGGGCCAGUCACUGUCUCUCACCUCACAGGAUGGUUGUAGGAAAAAUAGGAGGAAGGAGUAUUAUGUAUGUUCAUCACCUUGAGUUCUUUAUAAAGUAAUAUGUGGGAUAAAAAUUAAAUAAUAUUAAGUACACAGGUGAUAUACACAUGCCCAGCUAGAUGAAUGUCACAGCUGUUUUAGUGAAUUUUUCUAAAUGAUUUCAUAAGGAAUUGGAAAGUGCAGCCAUACAUUAUGGUCUCCUUGCUGCUAAGGAUGUCAACAAACUGUUUAGACUUAAAACAUUAAUAAACUCCAAAAGCCAUAAUUUAUGGAAUUAUAGUCCAGAAUUUCUGGAUUUCAUACUUGCCUGAUGAAAUCCAAUUCUUGGGUUUUUUUUUCCUUCUAGUGUCCUUUUUAUGGUUAUCCUUGGCAAUUUUCUAGUUAUGUAUAAAUUAACUUUGAUGACACUGUGCUCCCUGUUUCUAGUCAGUUAAACAAUAUUUACACCUAUUGACUACAUGAACUUAAAUUCAGAAUUGCCUCUGAAUUCUAUGCCUAGUUUUUUUUAAUGCACAACUGUUAAUAUUGUCUACAAUAUAUAUAUUUCCAUGAAAAGAAUAUAUGUUUAUCCAGUUUAUGUGAAGGCCAUUGAAAUUACUCACUAUUGCAAUAUUUGUUCCUUAAUAUCAACAAGAAUGCUUUGGUCAGGUGAUAAUACCAAAGAUUACUAAGAAGUAAACAAUGUCAUUUAGAUGAUAAUUUUAUUUGCACCCAUCUAGAUAAAUGCUCAGGGUGGCUAGGAUGUUGAGCUUGUCGAUCGAAAGGUUGGCAGCUUAGCGGUUUAAAUCCCUAGUGCUGCCGUGUAAAGGGGUGAGCUCCCGUUACUUGUCCCAGCUUCUGCCAACCUAGCAAUUUCGAAAGCACGUAAAAAUGCAAGUAGAAAAAAUAGGGACCACCUGUGCGCCUUUGGCGUUGAGUCAUGCCGGCCACAUGACCACAGCGACGUCUUCGGACAGCGCUGGCUCUUCGGCUUUGAAACGGAGAUGAGCAAACGGAGAUGAGUUGGCAACGACUAGCACAUAUGUGCAAGGGAAACCUUUACCUUUACCUUUACCUAGAUAAAUGCCAAUGAAUUCAGCAGGACAUAUGAGUAAACAUACAUAGGAUUGUUAUUUCCCUUCUUGUAUGGUAUUGGCAAUUUUUAGAACCAGUAUACACAAGAUGCCACUUACUGCUAUCACUGUCUAUAAAUUAAUAUAUGUAAUAUAUUGAAUAAUCAAAUCUAAAAUCUGUAUUCAAACAGCAUUUUAAGUUUGGGAGGCAUACAUUUUAUAGGGAGCACAUACUGUAUAUAUCCUGUUCUGUGUAAUAGCAAUAAAUGUUUUCUCAAGUAAUUUUAACUGUUUAGAUUAAAAUGUGUACAAUCUUUGCUUAACAGUAUUAACAUAGCACAGAUAUGGCAAAAUAUGAGGAGUUCUGAAUCAAAUAUAUGUAUAUAGAGACUUUGAAUGCAUUAUGGUAAUGUUUGAACUCAAUAAAAAUAAUUACACAGAAAGGAUGUACAGAAUUUGGAUACCACAAAAAUUAUUUUGCUUUGGUAUACUUUAUUUGCCAGUUGAGCUUAAUAAUAACAUUAAUAUCAUAGGGCACCAUUUAAUUUAAUUCAAUUCAGUCUUUAUGUUUUUCAGUCCUGAGUAGAUCCUAUACAGUUCUCUUUUUAACAAACACACAUUACUCUUAUAGUUUCUAAUAUUUUUGAAUAACUAGAAAUUCUUACUCCAAUUCACUAGUGCCAGUAUGUUUAUUAAUUAGGGCUCAUUGUUCCUUGUCAUAACUCACACACAUAACCAGACUAAGAAUCAUAUUUGUCCUUUGAGAGUUAUGCUAGCACCAUAAUCUGAAAAAAAUGGGUAGAGAAAUAGAAGACUGAUUUCAUUUCAUUUACAAUUUAUAUUAAAAUGACAUGUAGUGCUAUCAAGUUUGGAAACAAUGUUUCUAGGCAUCUGGAGGCCACACAUAGGGCUUCUGAUGAUACUACAGACUUUAUGUUGUGCAACAUACCUAUUGUGGGAGGACAAACUACACAAGUAACUUUUUCAUUGCAAUGUUCUAGUCCUUCAUGUAUAGCUGAUUUUCAGAGGCACUGAAAUGAGGAAAAAUCAAUGAUAGCACAUGGUAAUAAAAGAAUGGUAUAUUUAAUGAUGCAGAGAAUUAGAUAUUAUUUUAGAUCAUAUUAUAUAAUGCAUUUCAUAAAUUAGUGACUAAUGGGACAUGCAUUUUUAUAUUUGUAUUUGUAU